UGGGAGGAGAGGGCGACCCUCGACGGAAAUGUUUACUACGUCAAGUGAGUCCGAAAUAACUCCUACUUACAGGUUAUAUUCUGAUUUAUGACGGCCAACUACUGCAAAACAUUCCCAAAAUUCGGCCAACUCUUCCUUCCUUGUUUUUGUAAACAAUGAAAAUGCUGUCUCUGUUGUAUUAAUUGAUAUGGUGGGGUGAGAGUGCAUGGAAAAUUACAAAAUGUGAUUUGUCAAUUUAAAAAGAACUCCUCCAUUUUGUUUAAUCAAUUUUUUGCAUUCUCUUCAUUUAAUAUUCUGCAAUGAAUACAUGAUCUCAUCAGAGAUUCUUGGCACUCAGUGGACACAUCCACGUACCGGUCGAAAGAAAAUAGUAGAAGGAGAAUUACCAGCUGGAUGGGAGAAAUGUGUCUCUGAUGAUGGAAAGGUUGUAUUUGUUGACCACGCAAAUCGUACGACAACGUACACUGAUCCACGAUUGGCAUUUGCCACUGAGUACAGAGAACCCUUGCAACCAGUCAGACAACGAUUUGAUGCCAAUACCCCAGCUCUCGCAGUCCUGCAUGGCAGGGACUUGAGAGGAAAGGUAGCAAUUGUUACUGGUGCUAACACUGGCAUAGGCUUUCAAACAGCCAGAUCCCUAGCUCUUCAUGGAUGCAGUGUAAUAUUUGCCUGUAGAAGCGAGGAAAAAGCGGAAGCUGCCAUCCAACAGAUAAAAAAAGAAAGGGAAAACGUCAUAUGUGAUACCCUGCGGAUUGAUCUCUCCUCACUACACAGUGUUAAAGAGGCUGCGGAAAAGUUCAAGCAACAGUACAGGACUCUUGACAUACUGGUUCUCAACGCCGGUGUAUUUGCUCUGCCUUAUACUCUGACCCAGGAUGGUUAUGAGAUGACAUUCCAAGUCAAUCACCUAGCUCAAUACUAUUUUACGUUACUCCUAGAGCAUCCCAUCAGGAGUUGCAGAAAUUCCAGAGUUGUGAUUGUCUCGAGUGAAUCUCAUAGGUUUUCAACUAUUCAAAUACCAGAAGAUAUCCACCCCCUGACACUCUCGCCUCCAGCUUAUAAAUACUGGCAGUUGUCAUCCUAUAACGACUCCAAACUUUGCAACAUUCUUGUCGCCCAAGAACUGGCUAGGAGAUGGCCUUCAGUCAGUAUCUUCAGCUGUCAUCCAGGAAACAUGGUCUAUACAGACUUAGCGCGUUACUCCUGGUUCUACAGACUCCUCUUCGCCCUGGUGAAGCCCUUCACCAAGUCCCUGCAGCAGGCAGCAAGCACCUCUGUUUUUUGCGCAGCAGCACCAGAAUUGGAAGGAGCCACAGGGCUUUAUUUCAAUAAUUGUUUCAGGUGUGAGCCCUCGAACACCUCUUUGGACUCCACACUGGCCUCAAGAUUAUGGAGUGUCAGCCAGGAAAUGAUCAUAAACAUCGUCAAGAGAGAAAAAUUGUGGUACGAUCUAGCCCUCAAAUGAAAAAGUCCCCCUCAGUGAAUUCUCAACCUCAAAAAUUUCUCAGUUCUUUUGUAAUUUUUUAUAUAUUUUCAUCAACUGUACAUAUGUAAUAAUAAUCAUGGUGAAUGUUAAUUGGCGUAAUACUCUUUGAGAUAAUCGGCCUUUGGUUUUAAAAUCGCCCUGUCCUUCAAACUCACCAACCAGCCGGGCUCUAAUCCAUAGAAUAUCUGUCUAGGGUCCUUUCUCUCUGACAGCAUCUCAUAGUCCGGAUCCUCUUCAUACUUCGGGAGAGUGUAUCCGUACUUCUGAGCGAGGACCAGACGUUCGUAUGCUACUUUGUCUGGGUCUGCCAGGUAUCCGCGAGUCGCAGCGUUCGAGUAAUACUCCAGGCAGUCACUGGGUGGUAGCAUUCGUCGAGGAAUUGGUUCACCUGAAAAUUCCAGUUGUUCAUUCAAUAUUUCUCAUCAUUAUAUUUGUAUUCAUUUAGAUGAGCCGAUCGUCAUCCCAGUAUUAAUUAGUGCUUCCAUUCAAUUUGAUGCUAUUUCUUAAUUCUGGUAUUUAAUUUUGUUUAUCUGCCUCAUUAUUGCCUGUGAAUUGAUUAAUUUAAAUACUGCACCAACUAAACUAAUAUCUCGUCAGUUCAACUAAUUAAUGAAUUUUUAUUUCACUGUAAUCUGUUAAAAAAAUUUACCGUGAAAAUUA